AUGGCCACUGCCAUCCCAGAGCAAGGGCACAACUCUGUCUCCUUAUCACUGCUCAAAAAAUUCCCUGAUGAUUUUUCCACAAACCCCUGUGUCCCUACAGAUGCUUCUGUAACACUGGUUAUUUUUGGGCUAAGAUUCCACCAGCCAAAUAGAGCCUCCAUAGGAUAUGCCAGAGAGAUAAAAGUAAGAGGCAUAAACUUAAGUGACUUCGCUGAAGAUUACAAAUACCAACCCAACAAACCAACAGCUGGAGAAAAUGUCACUACCUGUCUGUUACGAAACCUGCGAGAGGCACCCCCAAAAGCCACACCAAAGACUAUAGAGAAUCAGAGGGUGUAUGACGAAACAACUGUAGAUCCCAAUGAUGAAGAGGUUGCUUUUGAUGAAGCAACUGAUGAAUUUGCACCAUACUUCAACAGACAGACAGUUCCCAAGAUUCUUAUUACAACAUCAGACAGACCUCGUGGGAGAACAGUGAGGUUUUGUGAGCAGCUCUCCACUGUUAUACCCAACUCACACGUCUACUACCGAAGAGGACUGGCUUUGAAAAGAAUUAUUCCACAGUGUAUUGCAAGGGACUUCACAGAUUUAAUUGUCAUUAAUGAAGAUCGCAAAAUACCAAAUGGUCUGGUUUUAAGUCACCUGCCUGAUGGUCCAACUGCUCAUUUUAGAAUGAGUAGUGUCCGCUUGCGUAAAGAAAUAAAGCGGAAAGGGAAGGAGCCCACAGAACAUGUACCUGAAGUAAUCCUCAAUAAUUUUACAACACGACUCGGCCAUUCUAUCGGUCGCAUGUUUGCUUGUCUCUUCCCACAUGAUCCUCAGUUCAUUGGAAGACAAGUGGCUACAUUUCACAACCAGCGAGACUACAUCUUUUUCAGAUUCCACAGAUACAUUUUCAAGAGUGAAAAGAAAGUGGGAAUUCAAGAACUUGGGCCACGCUUUACAUUAAAGCUGAGGUCUCUUCAGAAAGGAACCUUCGAUUCGAAGUUUGGAGAAUAUGAAUGGAUUCAUAAGCGACGAGAAAUGGACACAAGCAGAAGAAAAUUCCACUUAUAA